AUGCCUGUUUCAUAUGCACAGAUGUGCGCGUCCAUACGCGGAUGGAAAGUCACUGUGCUGCUGCUCUUAAUUGCUGCUCAUUUGGGCCUUUCUGGAAAAUGCACUCGUCCAUGCUCCUGUGACCCGAGGAAACUCACCGUUGCCUGCGUUAACAAAAAUCUGACUCAAGUCCCCCCUACAAUAGAUGAGAUAACGGUGAAGUUGGAUUUGAGGAAGAAUAACCUGCAGGAGUUGCCCAGAGGGGCUUUUCUGCACACCCCCUACCUCACCCAUCUCAACCUGCAGGCCUCAAAUAUCCGCUCAGUGCGAGAAGGAGCCUUCCGUGGACUCGGACGCCUUGUCCAUCUUAACCUUGCGCACAACAAUAUCGAUGUUCUCUAUCAGGAGUCGUUUGACGGGCUGCUGUCCCUGAAGCAGCUGAUCCUGGACCAUAACCGCGUGGAGGAGAUCCGGCCGGGGGCCUUCACCCAGGUGGGCUCCCUCAACCUGCUCUCCCUGGCCCACAACCGCCUGGUCUACCUGCCCAACAUGGUCUUCCAGGGCCUGCUCAACAUCCAGUGGCUGAAGCUCAGCCACAACGCCCUCAACAACCUGGCCACGGAGGCCUUCGCCAGCCUCUUCACCCUCACGCGCCUCAGCCUGGACCACAACGAGCUGCAGUUCUUCCCCACGCAGACCAUGACCAGAUUGGUUGAAGUGACCCAUCUGGAGAUGAGUCACAACCCGAUGAUCUACCUGGGAGAGGAGGCAGUCUCCAUGUCCAAACUCACACACCUGUCCCUGGACCACAUGUCUCUGCAGGACCUGUCCAACACGGCUCUCAUCCACGCACCCCUCCUCUCCCAUCUGGAUCUCAGCCACAACCAGCUCCGCUCCAUAGAGCCCAUCUCAGGCCCCAAGGAGUUGUCCAUGCUCAACCUGACGGCCAACCCCAUGUACUGCAACUGCCACCUGCGGCCCCUGCGGGAGUGGGCCCAGGAGGGCCACAUCCAGCUGCUGGGGGCUUGCGCUGGACCUCCGCAUCUCUCCGACGAGCCUCUGGCGGCGGUGGAGCCAGCGGACCUGCGCUGCCGGGGCCGGGAGGGCCUGACUAAGGAGGAGCUGGAGGAGACGGAGGCGUCUGUGGCUGUGGCUGGGGCACAGGAGCCAUCCGCCACCAAACCCAAGAAAAGUGAAAACUGCCCAGACGACUGUGACUGUGCGCCGGAAGCUCAACAUGCCACCUGUGAGGGCAGAGGCCACACCAAAGUCCCCUCAGGCUUCCUCAAGAACACCAGCCUGCUGGACCUGAGGGCCAACCACUUCCACAACCUGCCCACCAACAGCUUCCGCGGCCUGGCCGACGUGGUCUCGCUGCGCCUGGACCAGUGCAAGAUCCGCGAGAUCGAGUCCGGCGCGUUCCGCGGCAUGAAGACCCUGCUCUACCUCUACCUGUCCGACAACGACCUCACCAGCCUGGAGCCAGAUACCUUCGCCGGCGCCCCGCAGAUCAACUAUCUCCAUCUAGAGGGUAACCGUCUGCUGGAGUUCCCCUCGGUGGCCACAUUGACGCCCAUGCCCAGCCUGCUGGAGCUGCACCUGGACCGCAACGCCAUCUCCAGGCUGGAGCCGGCUGCCAUGCUGUCCCCCGUCAGCAUGCUCAGGGCGCUGCACCUGGCCAACAACACCAUCGAGUCCGUGGCACCAAACGCUUUCGAGCCGGCGCCUCACCUGGAAAAACUGGACUUGGGGGACAACAAGCUGACAGAGGUUCCCACCAAGGCCUUUGGAGAUGACCACCUCCUGCGAGAGCUGCGCUUGUCGGGGAAUGCCAUCCGCUGGGUGGGGCCCAAGGCUUUCCUCCCUGUGGCUGAGAGUCUGCAGCACCUGUACAUGGACGGCACUGGUCUAGCGAAGAUGUCUAAGGACUCGCUGGCUGGUCUGGGAUCAGGGCUGCUCACCCUCUCACUGGGAGGAAACCAGCUGGAGAGUGUGCCCAGCCUGAGUGCCCUCACUGGACUGCAGUCAGUGAACCUGGCUGACAACCCGCUGCAAUGUGACUGUAGUCUCGCACCGCUACGCAAGUUAAUCGACAGCAUGAGCGUCAAGGUGUCUGCAACCUGCGGCGGGCCAGGCGAUAUUCAAGGGCAGAGUGUGAAGGAGGUGUCUGUUUUCCAAACAUGUCCUGGAAACGAAGAGCCAAGCCCUACUACGCCUCCUGCUACUGAAGACAGCAGUCCAGUCAAGGCACCGAAGAAAAUCAAACCAAAGCCUGCACUCCUGGAAGGUGUCAAGCCAAAGCCAUCAAAAGCCAAAGCCAAAGCCAAACCCCUGGAAAGACCAAGGCCAUCUGUGCUUCCUAAAGAAGGCAAAAAAAGCAAGAAGACAAAAAAGAACGAAAAAAAGAAUGAAAAAGAGUAAUUCUUUGGUCUCGAGAUUGACAGAAAGA